CUCGCUUCCUGGUGGCGCGGGCGGCGGAGGACCCGGCGCUGGCGGUGCAGCUGCACUGGUACCUGUUCUGCGAGUUGGACGACCCGGGGUUCGGGCUGCGUGCUCGUGCGCUACACACGCAGCUGAUGGAGGCGCUUGCGGGGGCGGGGGCGGUGGGGGCGGCGGUGGCGGACACAAUACGGCGGCAGGUUGACCUGGUGAAGCAGCUCAAGGCGGUGAUACGGGAGCUCAAGAGCUCCAAGAUCAAGGCCGCUCGCGCCACGGAGCGGCUGCGUGAGAUGGUGUCCGAAACAGGCCCCUGCGGCGAGCUGACGCAGCUGCGGGUGCCGCUGCCUCUGGACCCGCACAUCGUGCUGGCGGGCAUUGUGCCGAAGGAGUGUGCGGUGUUCAAGUCCGCCAUGCUGCCGCUGCGCCUCUCCUUCCGCAUAGAGGCGGCGCCCUUCAACUGGCAGCACCCGCAGCCCCUGUCCGGCCCACCCCAGCAGCCCUCCGACCACCCCCCCGCAACCCCCCACCACCACCACCACCACUUGGGUGGGUGGCUGCACCCCCACUCGCAUGCGCAAGGGCAGGGGCAGGGCAGGCAAAGCCACCAGGGCUACCCUGCAGGCGGGGGCAACAGCAGCGUCAGCAGCAGCAGCCACCACAGCAGCAGCACCGCUGCUGCUGCCGCCGCAGGCGUAGGAGGCGGCAGUGGCAGCAGCCUCCAUCACAGCGGAACACAUUUCGGACCCCUGCCGGACCCUCUAGCGCUCCUGCCCACCAGAACGGGGAUCGUGCCGGCACCGGCUGGCGCCAGCGCCGCCGCCGCCUCCGGCGGCGGCGGCAGCGGCGGCUCCGCCGCCGCUGCCGUACACCAUCACCAUCACCACGUGCCACCUUAUUCUCCGUACUCUUCGUACGGCGCCUCUGCUGCCGUACCCCCGGGUGCUCAUCACCAUCAACUGCCUCCUCCUCCGGUGGUGUUGGAGAGCCAUCGUUGCUGGUUGAUCUACAAGAAGGGUGACGACCUGCGGCAAGAUCACUUCAUCCUGCAGAUGAUCAGCCUCAUGGAUCGCAUGCUGAAACGAGAGAACCUGGACCUACGGAUGACGCCGUACAAGGUGCUCCCCACCAGCUGCGAUGACGGGUUGCUGGAGUUCGUGCCCUCCGUUCCGCUGUCCGCAGUGCUAGCUGAGCACCGGACCAUACACCGCUUCCUGGCGCUAACACAGGCCGACCCCGCCGGCCCCUUCGGUCUGCGCGCGGAGGUGGUGGAGACGUUCGUGCGCUCCUGCGCCGGCUACUGCGUGAUGACCUACAUCCUUGGGGUGGGGGACCGGCACCUGGACAACCUCAUGCUCACAAACGACGGCCGGCUGUUCCACAUCGACUUCGGCUACAUCCUGGGCAACGACCCCAAGCCCUUCCCGCCGCCCAUGAAGCUGUGCAAGGAGAUGAUCGAGGCCAUGGGGGGACAGGGAUCAGACUACUACAAGCAGUUCCGCAUGUACGCCUGCGAGGCCUACAACAUCCUGCGCAAGCGCUCCGACCUCAUCCUCUCGCUCUUCCACCUCAUGGCGGGCGCGUCCAUCGAGGCCAUCCGGGCGGACCCGGAGAAGGCCAUCCUCAAACUGCAGGACAAGUUCCGGCUGGAUUUCGAUGAUGAGGCUGCCGUGGAGUGGAUGCAGGGCCUUAUCAACGAGUCCGCCACCGCGUUGCUGCCGCAGAUCGUGGAGACCACACACCGUUGGGCUCAGUACUGGCGGUGAUGAUGGGAGUGGGGUGGGGAGGGCUGGAAGGUGAGGGUGGGAGUUGCUUGGGUUGAGAACUCGGGCGGGUGUGGGGAGAUGUGAGAGCCGUUUGGUGGAGCGACUUGGACUGAGGGCUGCGGAGGCAUAGGAGAUUUUUGUUGCGGUGAAUUGUUUGGGGUUGCCAAGGCGCUGAUGUGAGCUGGUAGGUUUGGAGAGUAUAGGAAUGGGCAGGGGCGUUCAGACCGUGGCGCUGCGUGGCAUGGAUGGUGCGAUGGCUUUGGCUCGGGAGCGAGGGGAUAAUCGUAUGCAGGCUAGCGUGUUAGCCUAGGUUCGUAGUGAUGCGCAUGAUUGUCUGAUAGUGGGUUAGUUUCCAACGCUAAGGGCUCGGCUUCAUGCUAGGCUAGUGGUGGCGCAUGGCGCCAGGCUAGGAUGAGACCUUGCGCCGCCCCUUGUUUGCGUUCCUGGAUAGCCUACAAUGUAGAUGUAUCUUACUUA